AUGAGUAUUGUCAGAAAUGUAAUCUUUUCUUCAUAUUUAGCUGGUAACUGUUUGAUUGGUGGUUGCGGAGUUGGUUCCUGCUGCUCGGCAUAUGGUUUUUGUGCUACUACAUACUGCGGUGGUCCAGUAGCAGUUAGUUGUCUCACUUCCGGAUGUCCAUCAGGAGAAUGUUGUUUCCAAAACGGAUAUUGCGGAAGAGCUGCUGCCUAUUGUGGAGCUACCAGUUAUGGAAAUUGUUACUCUACUGGUUGUGCUGCUGGUGGCUGCUGCACACAAUACGGAUAUUGUGGCUCGUAUGGUGCUUACUGCGCUGUCGCCAAAUUUCUAUCUGGAAAGAAAGCAGCUUCGUUGGAAGGUGAAUUUCAAGGACAAGCGACAUAUUACAAUGAAACUAUGGCUGGUAUGGAAUUCAGUACAUGUGGUACAAGUCGAGCUCGUUCAUUAGAUGUAAAUAGUGAGAAAAUCUAUACAGCUGCUCUCAAUCAAGUUCAAUUUGAUCCAUAUACUCUUAACGGUAUUCCAAGUACGAAUCCCAUCUGUCAAAAGAAAGCAAUUGCUAAAGGAAUCAAAGGUGAAAUAGUUGUACAAUUUGUUGAUCGUUGUGAUGGAUGCAAAGAAGGUGAUAUUGCCCUCACAUAUGAUGGUUUUAUGGCUGUAGCUGGUGAACUUGGUGAUGGACACACUGACAUCACAUGGCACUUUAUCUAA